GGACUGCGUUCACUCAGUCACUACCAUUUCUUCACCUGCUCGCUAGUGUCCGUUUUAAUUAUCGCUAGAUUUCUUAGUUUAGUAAACAAGGGAACAUGUUUUAAAUUAAAAAGUAAAAUGGAAGCAAGUGUUAAAAGGUAUAUUAGGAGUGAAUCGGCCAGUUGCGCCCACAUGGUGGAAGAGAACACGGCAAAUAACAGAAAAAGUGUGGACCCUCAUGAAAAAUUAAAGGCAUUACUAAACUCUCCUGAUGAAGACACAGACGAUUCUCUCCCUCCAUCGGAUGCACCAAAAUUCGGGACAGUAAUACACAACAGAAUAUUCGUGGGUGGUUUUUCAUUGACGACAACCGACGAGGACCUGUGGAAGUUUUUCUCUGGCUUCGCGACAGUGACCGCUGCCAGGGUGAUCUACGAUAGAGCGGGAGUGUCCAAGUGUUAUGGAUUCGUGACAUUCGCAAGUCCCAGGGUAGCGAGAUUGAUGGUGAAACAGAGUGGCGGAGUGAUGUUUUCGCCGUUGGGACGUCUGCGGGUCGCACAAGCGGUGAGGAAGCAGAUGAGUCAGCUACCAGUACUCGGCACAGAGGCAACGCCACUCCAAGCCCCGCUGUGCUACCAGCUGCUGUGUGCGCCACCAUUGGCACCACUCCCUGCCUGCGCACCCUGUGAAUUACCACCGCCACCUUAUGCGGUAUACCCUCUACCGUUCGACACUACUCCAGCGAUCUACGGUCCACCAACACAAUAUGCAUUGGUACCAGCACCGUACACAACUCCUUGCUGCGAGCCAGCUUGCUGUGCCCCCCUCGACAAGCAGCCACGGGUACCUCCCCCACCGCUUCAUCCCGCGUUUAUUUACUGA